CCAAAUUUGAAGUUUUGGUGACAGCACCGAAGCAGAUCUCAAUUGUAGCCACAGAAUUUGAAGUGACCAUUUGUGGGAGGUACACCUAUGGGAAACCUGUGCCUGGCCUGGUGAAAAUGAACAUCUGCCGUCGUUAUGUCCAACAUCAUUCCCAGUGUUCAGAGGAACAGUUGAGUGUGUGUGAAGAGUACAGUGGAGAGGCAGAUGGGCACGGAUGUUUCUCCCGGAUGGUAAAAACCAAGUUGUUUCAUCUGAAGCAAAAGGGUUUCUACAUGAAGCUUGAGGCAGAAGGCAAAAUCACUGAAGAAGGCACAGGGAUGGAAAUGACAGGGGUGAGCACCAUCAGCAUCACCUCGACAGUAAGCAAGCUGAGCUUUGAAAAAGCAGAGCGUUAUUACAAGCCCGGGAUCCCCCUUUUCCUGCAGAUGAAACUGGUGGAUGGUAGUGAUGUGCCAAUUGCCAACGAGACCAUUACGAUUACAGGACCUUCAGUGAACUAUAUAGCCAGCUACACAACCAAUGAGGAAGGACGAAUACAGUUUUCCAUAGAUACAUCUAAUUUCAUAGAGGCAUCCAUCAGUUUGCAGGGAGUUUAUAAAAAAACUGAUUGGUGUAAUUCAAACUGGGUCACUGCCAAUCACCAAAGUGCCUCACACUCAGUGUACCGAUUUUACUCACCAAGUCAAAGUUACAUCCACAUUGAGCCUCUGCCAAAGACAUUAAGCUGUGGCCACACGGAGCAGAUUCGAGUGCAUUUUAGCCUGGAUCCAGAUGCUGUGAAAAAUGAAAUUAUCUUUUAUUAUUUGGUGAUGGCUAAAGGGGACAUAUUACGAGCAGGGACACACACGCAGCCGAUGAAGCAGGGAAAAGAAGCCAAAGGGGCCUUCCUUUUGAAUCUCUCGGUGGAUGCCAAUACUGCUCCCCUGGCCCGCUUGCUCCUCUACACCAUUUUGCCCAGCGGAGAACUUGUUGCUCAUUCAAGAGACUUCACCAUAGAAAAGUGCUUCUCCAACAAGGUGAGACUGUGGUUCUCUGAUCCAGAAGGCCUGCCUGGCGAGGAAACCCAACUCCAUCUUGCAGCCUCCCCCCGUUCACUUUGCGCCAUCCACGCCGUGGACCAGAGCGUCUUUCUCCUGAAACCCGAAGCUGAGCUCUCCCCUGAUACAGUCUAUAAGUUGCUCCCUGGGAUAAAUCUCCAAGACUAUUCCUACGAAAGACACUUUGGGGAUGAAAGGCCAUGCAUCGAUGUGAAAAAUAUUGAGGUGGAUCAAAUCCGUUACCGCCCUGAUCCUUAUUCUUAUGGGGAAGAUGAUGUUUCCAAAAUUCUCAAGGACUUGGGUUUAAAAGUUUUUACUAGCACUAAAAUACACAAGCCUGAUGUAUGUUUAAGACUCCAGGUUUACAGAAUCCAGCCUUAUUACGAGUCUCUCCCUCUAGAGUCUCCCCGUGGAGGAAUGGCAGGUCCCCCAGGACCAGUGGCAUACAGUGUACUUUCUGCCCCCAGAAACAUCGCUCCUGAUACCGAGACUGAGACUAUCAGAAGUCUCUUCCCUGAGACGUGGAUAUGGAAUACGGUGGUAUUAAAGGGUUAUGAGACAAAGAGGGACAUCCAGCAACAUCAGUCCAGUAGCAAGGGUGAUGCAUCUAAAGAGCUGGCUGUUCCUGUGACCAUCCCGGACACCAUCACAGAAUGGAAAGCUGGAGCUUUCUGUCUGUCAGCAGACACGGGCUUUGGCCUGGCCCAAUCCACUUCUCUGAAGGCCUUCCAGCCAUUCUUCAUUGAACUGACCUUGCCAUACUCUGUGGUGCGAGGGGAAGCCUUCCCACUCAAAGCCACUGUCUUCUCCUACCUGAUGCACUGCAUCCAGGUCACAAUAUCUCUGGCUCCUUCUGCUGACUUUGAGGCAACCUCUGUGGAGAAGGAGGCAGAAUUUUACUGUGUUUGUGCAAAUGGAAGGAAAACGGUGUCCUGGAUGGUGACCCCCAAAAUUCUAGGUGAAGUGAAUUUCACGGCAAGUGCCGAGGCCCGGAGCUCAGAUCAGCUCUGUGGGAAUGAAGUGGUGGAAGUACCCAGCAAAGGACAGAAAGAUACUGUGAUCAAAACACUUUUAGUUGAGCCUGAAGGGAUCGAGAAGGAGGUGGUCUUCAACUCACUUCUCUGUGCACAUGGAGACCCCCAGUCGGUCCCUCUUUCUUUGAAGGUGCCAGAAAACAUUGUGGAAGACUCUGCCAGGGCCACCUUUUGUGUGCUUGGAGACAUUCUAGGGGGAACGAUAAAGAACCUCCAUCAGCUUCUCAAGAUGCCCUAUGGCUGUGGAGAGCAGAACAUGGCCCUCCUUGCCCCCAAUAUCUACAUCCUGAACUAUCUCAAUAAGACUGGACAACUGACUGAGGAGAUAAAAUCCAAGGCUAUUGGAUACUUAGUGGCUGGCUAUCAGCGGCAACUGAAGUACAAGCAUUUUGAUGGUUCCUACAGCACCUUUGGAGAAAAUAGCCAAGCACCAGGGAAUACCUGGUUGACAGCUUUUGUGCUGAAGACUUUCACUCAAGCACGAUCCUUUAUCUUUGUGGAAGAAAAACAUAUCACUGAUGCUCAGAUUUCACUGGCAAUGAAGCAGUCAGAAAAUGGUUCUUUCCAACAAUCAGGGACUCUCCUGAACAAUGCUCUAAAGGGUGGGGUCGAUGACCAGACUGCUCUUUCGGCCUACGUCACCAUAACUUUGCUGGAAAUGCCUCUGCCUCUCACGCACAAUUUGGUACGAAAUGCUUUGUUCUUCCUGGAGACGGUGGCCCAGACAAAAGACAUCCACGUUUACACCCGGGCUCUGAUGGCAUACGCCUUUGCUCUGGCAGGGAAAGAGGAGAAGAGGCAAGAAAUGUUGGACUCCCUUCAAAAAAUAGCCGUGAAGGAAGAGGAUGGCUCCAUCCACUGGGAGAGGCCUGGGAAGCAAAAGAAGACAUCUGAUCUUCCAUCCUACUACCACCGUGCUCCCUCUGCAGAGGUAGAGAUGACCUCCUACGUGCUCCUCGCUUAUCUGACCAAAAAACUGGCACUGUCCCAGGAAGAAUUAACGAUAGCAAUUGCGAUUGUCAGAUGGUUGAUCAAGCAACAGAAUCCCAACGGAGGAUUCUCAUCUACACAGGACACAGUGGUGGCCCUCCAGGCGCUCUCCCAGUACAGGAUAGCCACCUAUUCCAAGGAUGGAGUUGAUGCCAGAGUGACCUUGAGUUCUGGAGAUGCCACCCUGACGGAAUUCCAUGUAGACAGCACCAACUCUCUGCUGCUCCAGUGCCAGGAUCUUCCCCAAGUGCCAGGAGACUACAGGGCUGAGGUGACCGGUUGCAUCUUUGUGCAGACCAGCUUGAGGUACAACAUCCAGCCACACCAGAAGGAGGCACCAUUUAAGUUGCUUGUGCAGACAGUUCCCCAGACUUGCACUGGACCUAAAGUCCAUAAGACCUUUGACAUUGCUAUCAACGUCAGUUACACUGGCCAACGCCUGGUCUCCAAUAUGGCGAUUGUCGAGAUUAAGAUGCUGUCCGGAUACAUCCCAGUGAAAUCCACCAUAAAGUUGCUGGAAAAACACUUUCAUGUCCAACGGACCGAAAUCGCAACCACCCAGAUCCUCCUAUACUUGGACCAGGUCAGCAAUCUAAUCCAGAGUUACUCCUUCACGGUGGAGCUGGAGACCCCUGUCCAGGGCCUGAAACCUGCCGUGGUGAAAGUCUACGAUUAUUACGAAACUGAUGAUUUAGCCAUCUCACAGUACAUCGCCCCCUGCAGCACAGAAGAUCCCAAAAAGAUCCAUUAAGCAAGAAGAUCCCCCAGGCAAAACCCCAAGUUGUUAAUCUACAGACUGAGGAAGAAAACCAAGGAAGAAUCAACCAAGUGUGAUCCCCUCUUUUUUUGGAAAAAACGCCAAAUGUAUACGCCUGACUUACACUGUCUUCUAGAAGACUCGCUACUUAUGUUUUCACCAGUUGUGGCAACAGAGGACUGGGGUGCAGACCACCACUGCAGAACCGGAGCAGAAAUAUUUUUACUUUCUCCAAUCAUCGGAUGAAAUAAAACAAGGUUUUUCUGUUCCA